GCCGUAAGGGGGCGGGGCGGGGCUCCGGCUGUGCCUCCGCGUUGGUGGAUUGCUCCGUCUGUUUGCCACAGGGCUGAGAAAGACAAAGGCUUCAGCCAAUCAGCUAAUCGGCCCCCUCCCCGCUAAGGCACUGGCACCACCCCUGUCGCAGCCGUUACUGGUGGCGCGCGCGGGGACUCAAAGUAGAUCAUGGAAGACACCCAGGUUUUAAACUGGGAAGUUGAAGAAGAGGAGCAGGUUGAAGAGAGCCCCACUGAAUCUGUGGGGUAUAGCUUGGAGCCCCUAGGGCAGCUGCAUAUCUUCAGUAGUUCCUAUGGACCGGAAAAAGACUUCCCACUCUACCUCGGGAAGAACAUGAUAGGCCGAAUGCCUGAUUGCUCUGUGGCCCUGCCCUUUUCAUCCAUCUCCAAACAACAUGCAGUGAUUGAAAUCUCUGCCUGGGACAAGGCGCCUGUUCUCCGGGAUUGUGGGAGCCUCAAUGGCACUCAAAUCCUGCGGCCUCCUAAGGUCCUGGGCCCUGGGGUGAGUCAUCGUUUGCGGGACCGGGAGUUGAUUCUCUUUGCUGACUUGCCCUGCCAGUACCAUCGCUUGGAUGUCCCCCGGCCUUUUGUCUCCCGGGGCCCUCUAACUGUAGAGGAGACACCCAGGAUACAGGGAGGAACUCAAACCCCCAGGCUUCUGUUGGCUGAGGACUCAGAGGAAGAAGCAGAUUCCCUUUUGCACAAGUGUGUGGUGAAAAGAGCAAGGACCUCUUUGGCAACAGUCGUUCCAGAGAGUGAUGAAGAAGGGCCUUCCCCUGCCCCAGAUGGGCCUGGGCCACCUUCUGCCUUCAACUUGAACAGCGACACAGAUGAGGAAGAAAGUCAGGAAUCAGGAGCAGGAGAUGCCUCUUCAGCUGCCAGAAGAGGUACCACUGCAGAGACAGAACAGCCUGAACCUGUCACAGCCGAAGUCCAGAUUGAGAAGGAUCAGUGUUCUGUGAAGGAGAGGAACAGGGACACAGAAAUCAAGAGGGAUGUGAGGACUGGGGUUGUUCCGAUUGGAGUGAUUCUGGAGAGGAGCCAGCCUUCUGGGGAGGGCAGUGACACAGAUCUAAGUGAUGAGAGUGGGCCUCCAAGAAGGCUUGCUGGGGUCCGUCCGAAAAGGGCCUGUAACUUCAUAGACAGUGAUACCGAUGGGGAGGAUGAGGGGAUCCCUGCUACCCCAGCAGUGGUUCCCAUGAAGGAGAGGCAGACCUUCCACGAAGCUGGUACACAGAGCCCCCAGGCACCUGGUGUGGCACGUCGGCAGGAGAGCCCAGCUGAUGGUGAUACAGAUAUAGAGGAGGGGGAGGCCCCCCCGGACAGAAGCCAAGCCUCCAUGGUGAUCGACAGCAAUACAGACGAUGAGGAGGAAGUCUCGGCAGCACUGACAUUGGCACGUCUAAGAGAGAGCCAGGCUGGUAAGUGGAACCGAGAUCCAGAUGCAGAAGAGGACAGGGCUCAACCAGUGGCCCUUCUGGAGCGAAGCCAGGCCUCUGCUGGGGGAGACAGUGACACAGAUGUGGAGGAAGAGGGGCUCCCAGUGGAAAGGAGGGGAAUGGUUCCCAAGGGUCACAUGGACAGGGAAUAUUCAAAAAAGAGCCAGCAUCCUCCCAGGGACAGUGAUACAGAGGGGAAGGAAGAUGAGAGCUCACCGGGGGUCUACCUGGAGAGAAGCCAGGCCUCUGCACAAGUGGAGGACAAGGUCUCACUGGGGCCAGCUGUUGCACUUCCGGAGAAGCGUCAGGUACGAGGCAUAGUGUGGACACAUCACACCGAUGCGGAGGCAGAAGGGGGCCCGGCACAGCUGCCUGUGCUGCAAAGCCUAGAGGAAGCCCAGCUUCCUCUAGCUGGGGACUGUGAACCAGACGCGGAGAACACAUCCUCAGCAGCGGCAGGUGUCAGAAAGAGCCAGCUUCCGGUGGAAAAAGAUGCUGGGACCACGUGGGCCGCAGCCGUUCCUGAACAGGACAGAGCACUUGCCACCAGGACCCAGGGUGGGUCAUCCACAGCACCAGGGGAGCAGGACCUUCUCCCGGCCUCAAGGGAAAACCUGGCAGAUCUGGUGGUGGACACAGGCACUCCAGGGGAGCCCCCACCGCAGAGAGAGGGGGCCCAGCCCACCACAGGAAGGGAGAGAGAAGCACAUGGGAAUAGGGCCACAGACUCUGGAGAGAACCUCCACGAUUCUGAAGAUCUGGACCUACCAGCUACCCAGUGCUUUGUAGACAAAGAGAAUCAGAGCCUGGAAGCAGUCCCCAGCAUGGAGGAUGAGCCCACCCAGGCCUUCCUAUUUCCUCUGCCCCAAGAGCCUGGCCCUUCCUGUUGCAGCUUCCAGGCCACAGGUUCCCUGGAUGAGGCAUGGGAGGUCUUGGCGACACAGCCAUUCUGUCCAAGAGAGUCUGAGGCCUCUGAGACCCAAACCGCUGUCACCCUCCUUGACACCCCUGCAUCUUGCCCCCAUCCAUCUAGGACAGCACAGCAAGAGCAACAUCCAGAGAGCCCAGUCCACACAGAGCCACUGGGGAUGGAAGGCAGAGGGAUGCAGACUCUGGAGAAAGACAUGGGUACCCCAAGAGAAACAGCAGAGAGGGUGAUCCCUGAGGGAGGGUCACUGCAGAAGGAAACCAAGAAACUGCCCUCGGAAGGAGAGAGGGAAGAUGCAAUGGGAGAGGAAGAAUUAAUCGGGGCAAUACAGGACAGAGAACAAAAUCAGGUGUUAGCUAGAGAUACUCAGAGCCAAGAAUCUGACAAAAAAGUGGAAAGCGCAAGUACUGGAAGGGGAAUGGAGACUGUGAAGGUAGAGAUCGAGACACCCAAGGAAACACAGGAGAGAGAGAGAGAAAAGCAGACCCUUGCAGGGGAAAUAUUUGAGAGUGAAGCAGGGAAACUGGUAGCAGAGAGAGAGAGUGAGGCAGGUGGGUUAGAAGUCAAGGGACCCCAAGAGCUACUGGACAGAGGCCCACAGAGGGGGGAGACAGAGGCGGGGGGCCAGGACCAGAAAGGCCAAGCCUCUGGUCCGCCACCAGAGCCUGGAGCAGGGGCAGGAGACCUUCAGGGACUUGCCUCAGACCUAGUAGCUUCUGGGAGCCAGGCAGGUGGAGGAAGGGGAGCCCCAGGGAGCCCCAGGAGGCAGCAGAGAGGUGACUUGAAUUGCGAGAUGCCACCUGCUGAGAAGGCUUCCAGGGGUGAUCAGGAAUCCCCAAAAGCUUGUCUGCCUCCUGCAGCGCCUGAAGCCUCAGCCCCACUCCCAAACUCCCUCAUCUCUCAGAUCCAAAAACAUCCCGCACCUCAGUCCCUCCUUUUUCCCUCUCCAGCUCCUUUAGAACUACCCAUUCCCAGGACCAGACAAAAUGAGAGUCAGGAAGCUCCAGAGACUCCCUUCUCCUCAGAGCUGAACUCUGUCCACCCAGAACCCAAAGUCAGGCCCCAGGGGUCCUCUCCAGUUUCUUCUCUACCCCUUGAGCCUCACCCUACCACCCCCACAGGCCAGCCUAUUGCCCUUGAACCCACCUCUGGGGUCUCUCAGAGCAGGACACAUAGUUCCUUUGAUGUAACUGCCUCAUCAGUUGUCCCCACAGCCCUUGCACUGCAGCCAUCCACCUCCACAGACCAGCCUGUCACCCCUAAGCCCACACUUCGGGCGCCUCGGGGCAGGGCACAUAGGUCUUCUGUCAAAACCCCUGAACCCAAUGUCCCCACAGACCAGCCUGUUGCCCCUGAGCUCACAGCUAAGGCCACUCGGGGCAGGGCACAGAGGUCUUCUGUCAAGACUCCCAAACCAGAUAACCCCACAACACCCCAGCCCCAGCCUUCCACUUCCACAGACCGGCCUGUCACCCCCAAACCCACAUCUCGGGGCAGGACACCUAGGUCUUCUGCCAAGACUCCUGAACCAAUUGUCCCCACAGCCUCUGAACUCCAGCCUGCUGCCCCUAAAGACCAACCUGUUGCUCCUGAGCUCACAUCUAGAGCCACUCGGGGCAGGACACAGAGGUCUUCUAUUAAGACUUCCAAACCAGAUACAUCCACAACCCCUGAGCCCCAGCCUUCCACUUCCACAGACCAGCCUGUCACCCCCAAACCCACAUCUCGGGCCUCUCGGGGCAGGACACUUAAGUCUUCAGCCAAGACUCCUGAACCAGUUGUUUCCACAGCCUCUGAGCUCCAGCCUGCUGCCCUCACAGACCAGCCUGUCACUCCUGAGCUCACAUCUAGGGCUACUCGGGGCAGGACACAGAGGUCCUCUGUCAAAACCCCUGAUCCAGUUACCACCACCACACCUGAGCUCCAGCCUUCCACCUCCACAGACCAGCUUGUUACUCCCAAACCCACAUCUCGGGCCCCUCGAGGCAGGACACGUAAGUCGUCUGCCAAGACUCCCGAACCAGUUGUUCCCACAGCUUCUGAGCUCCAGCCUUCUGCCCCUGCAGACCAGCCUGUUGGUCCUUGGACCACUCAGUGUAGAAGACAUAGGUCUUCUGUCAAGACCCCGGAACCAGUUGUCCCCACAGUCCCUGAGCCUCAUUCUUCCACUUCUAAAGACCAGUCUGUCGUUCUUGAACCCACAUCUCAGGCCACUCAGAGCCAAACACAUAGGUCCUCUGUCAAGACAUCCCAGCCAACUGAACCCACAGCCCCUGACCUCAAACCUUCCUCCCCCACAGAUGAGCCUGUCACUCCCAAGGUCAUAGCUCAGGGUGGUCCAAGCAGGACACGAAGGUCUUCUACUGCAAGUGCUGUGCUGGUUCCUACUACCCCUGAAUUCCAGUCUCCAGUCCCCUCAGAACAGCCUCUUCCCCCUGACCCCAUCCCUGAAGUCAACUGCAGCAGGAGGCCGAGGGCCACUAGGAAACAAGGGUCUCCCACAGCUCAUGUUCAUGAGCCCUGCACCACACCCCCUGAACCUAGCUCCCGCUCCUCAAGGAACCAAAGACGAGGGGCAGUGAAAGCAGCCAAGCCCCUUAGCACCAUUCCUGAGCCUGCCUUUGCCCAGCUUCCCGAGGCACCGCCUCACACUCCCCAGAUGCCAGAGGAGGAGGCAGCAGAUGGCUCAGGCUUCACCCCAGAGCCCCAGCCUAAGGCCUCUCAAAACCGCAAGAGGCCUUCAGCUACUGCACAUUCACCUCCACUUCAAAAACGGCUCCAGAGAGGGAAAGUCCCUCAGAAGGCAGCAUCCCUUAAGGAAGAAGAAGAAAAUCCAGCAGCGAGGCCGAGGAAGGAAGAGGGUGUAGUGAUUCCAGGUCCAGGCAAGAGAAAGAGAGAGCAGACAGAGGAGGAGUCCCAGGGAAGACUGAGCCGCAGCCUGCGACGGACCAAACCUAUCCAGGAGUCCACGGCCCCCAAAGUGCUCUUCACGGGCGUGGUGGAUGCUCGCGGAGAGAGGACGGUGCUGGCCCUGGGGGGCAGUCUGGCUAGCUCAGUGGCUGAGGCUUCUCACCUGGUGACUGAUCGGAUCCGCCGGACGGUCAAGUUCCUGUGUGCCCUGGGCCGGGGCAUCCCCAUCCUCUCCCUGGCCUGGCUGCAUGAGUCCCGCAAGGCAGGCUGCUUCUUGCCCCCGGACGAAUAUUUGGUGACUGAUCCUGAGCAGGAGAAGAACUUCGGCUUCAGCCUUCGGGAGGCCCUGAGCCGAGCUCGGGAGCGAAGGCUCCUGGAGGGCUAUGAGAUUCACGUGACCCCCGGAGUCCAGCCACCGCCACCUCAGAUGGGAGAAAUCAUCACCUGCUGUGGAGGCACCAUCCUAGCCAGCAUGCCCCGGUCCUACAAGCCUCAGAGGGUCGUGAUCACAUGUUCCCAGGACUUCCCUCGAUGUGCCAUUCCAUAUCGGGUUGGGCUGCCCAUCCUCUCACCCGAGUUCCUGCUGACGGGAGUACUCAAGCAGGAAGUCAAGCCAGAGGCCUUUGCCUUCUCCACUGUGGAAAUGUCAUCCACCUGAAAACUCCACCCUGGUACCCUUUUCCCUCCCAGACCAAUACAGAAAAUGUUAGAAAUAUUCAGAAGAAAGAACUUAGGGCUUUAGAAAAGAUUGGGGUGUCUGAUCUGAUUUGUCUUGGAACAUGGGUGGGGCCAAAACAGGCCUUUUGGUAAACAAAGAUAGGGAGAUUGGGAGCCAUGGAUUUUCUUAAAUGGCCAUUUAAAGUUGGCCAAUCCCAGGCUCAGAUAUCUUAAGUUGCUGCUCAUAUUUAGCUGGACUGAUAUACCUGUUGCUUUGUGGCACACACAGUGUCCUGCCUCCUGUUUGGAAGCCAUUUAUUUCUCCUCGUCUUUUCUUUCUGGGAUUCUUACUCAUCCUUCACAAGAUAGUGAAAACAAUUUUAGCAUCAGGAACUUGAAAAGAUGCUUGGAGUGAGUAAGUUUGAGGGUGGAGUUAUCCAACGCUCCUCCAUAAAAAUAUUUUCCUUUCUCCUUACCCCAUUUUGUUAGAAGCAUCCUUGUAGCUUUGACGUUGAGCUAAUCUCUGCAAUUUUUUUUUUUUUUUUGGCUUGCUUUUCUAGUAUUUAUAAAUUUAGAGCCUAGACUUAAUGUCUGUGAUAAAUAAAUAUUCACUCUGUGCCUUAUGGUGUAGUGCAGUUUUAUUUUGUAAAUCUUAAAAGUUGGUUUAUAAGGAUUUGGGGAAAUUAGAACCCAUAUACAUUGCUCAUGGGAAUGUAAAAUGAUUGAUUCACUGUGGUAAGCAGUUUGACAGUUUCUCAAAAGUUAAAUAUAGAAUUACCAUAUGAUCCAGCAAUUCUCCUCAUAGAUAUACAGCUAAAAGAAUUAAAACAGAUGUUCAAAUACUUCUGCACAAAUGUUCAUAUCAACACUUUAGCAAGAGCCGAAAGAUGAAAGCAAAAAUGUUCAUCAGCAGAUGAAUGGAUAAACAAAUUGUGGCAUAUCCAUACAAUGGAGUAUUAUAUUCAGUCAUAAAAGGGGAUGAGGUACUAAUUGUGCUACAGUAUUUUGAGGAUGAACCUCAAAAGCAUUAUGCUAAGUGAAAGAAGUCAGACACAAAAAGUCACAUUGUAUGAUUCCACCUGUUGGAAAUAUGCAGAAUAGGUAAGUCCAUAGAGACAAUAGGCAGUGCUUGUCAAGGGCUGGCAGGGAGAGAAGAUGGGGAGUAAUUGCUUAACAGAUUCAGGGUUUUAUUUUGGGGUGAAGAGAAAAUGCUUUGGAACUAGAUAGAGGUGGUGGUUGCAUAGAUUAUGAAUGUACUAAAUGCCACUGGACUGUUCUCUUUAAGAUGGUUAAAUUUUAUGUUAUGUGAAUUUUACUUCAAUUAAAAAAAAUACUGAUUGGUUUUGUGCA